AUGGCUGCUCUCAGCUUGACCAACCAGCAGCUCGAGAAGGAGAAGAGGCAGCUCUGUGCCAAAGUCAAGGACACUGAGGCCAGGCUGAAACAGACCUUGGAAAAGGAGCUUGAGCAGGAAAAGACUCUCCGCACCAAAGAGAAGUCUUUGCAGCGGCUGAGGUCCGCCUUGGAUAAGGUGCAGGCCAACUCGAAGCACCUUCGAUCCCUGCACGCAUCUGCAAAGGAGGCCAUCAAUGGGUCCAUCUGCGGUGCUCGUGAGGAUCUCAACACGAUCAAAAGUGAAGCUGAGACGUCUCGUCAAGCCACGGAAAAGGCACUUGAAGGCCUCAAUCUCAUACGUAUUCGGAUCAAGUCUCUCAGCGAUUCGGCAAACUUGAGCACCGGACUCUAUGAAACACGACUCCAGGAGCUAAAAAUCAAGUGCAUGGACUCGGAACAGAGGCUUGAGGCAGAAAAGGCUCAUUGGUGGGCUGUAAAUGCGACAUACUAG